AUGUAUCUAUCAAUCCUUACCACCCUCUUAGCUAUAAGCGCACCGGUUCUCGGUGCAUGGGAAUACAAAGAGGUGGUUGCAACCAUGGGAUGUGUGUGUAUGGAAAGAGCUCCUAGCGGACAAACCGACCAAGCAAAUCUUGAGUAUACUCAGGGUGGUUGUGAUCUAUAUCAAGGAGUCAUAGCUCGUACCUCAGAUUUCUGGGACCGAGGAAAAUUCUUCUGUGCGAUACCAAUGCAUACUAUUACUCCAGCUACUUGGGACCAGGAUUGGUGCCGCAAGCACUGGCCAACAACAAGCUACGGAUUUUGUAACGGAGUAACUGGCUAA